GGGGGUGUGGGGGCGGGGGUCAACAUUCCCAGUGAAGUCCUUACAUGCACUCAGCUUGCUUUCCUUAGUGCACAGGUGUUCAGUAUAGACUAAUGUUUUACUUUAAUAUCUGUUCCUGGCGGGGAGGCACAGCUACAACCUUGUGGGCAGGUUUUUGUGCUCCGUACCAGCUAUGGGGGAGAUAUUCGCUGUUUUCUCUAAAAUAUGCGCAUCUCUUGGUCCGCUUGGUAUUCUCAGUGCCAUUAACAAGUAUUCCAGUUGCUUUGUGAAAGUGAUUUACUUCGUCUCCCCUGCGUUUGUUACAUCGGACAGGUUCAGCAGCGACAUCCAACCUUUUUUGUCAUAGAUUUAAUAAUGCCUUAAGUUUAGUAAUGAAAUUUUGUGCGUUUAAGCUUGUGAGGAAAACGUAUGGGUGAAAGAUGGCAACUUGAUAUUACUUUGUAUAGGCUAAUUGUUUCCAAGAGAACCUGGAAAGUUUUCUGAGGUAAAUAAAAUGACUUAUUUGUUUACCUGCAGAUGUUUUUUUACCGUGAGGUUUUGUUUUUAUAGUGAUGCGUAGGCAUUAGGUACAGUACCAUACUGUACAUAGCGCGGUACUGAAAUGGACACUGACAAUCCAAUGUAUAGGUCCACAGCCACACGGGGAGAGGUUAUCUUGACUAGAUUGACUGCAGUGCUCUCUCUCUCUCUCUUUUCUCUCUUUCUCCUGCUCCAGAACAUCUGUUAGUGUGGGAAUUGAUUUAGUGACAACAUCUGUGCUUCAGCAGAAAGGGAGCGCCGAGUGUUUCUGAGGGCUCCUCACAGCUGAGAGGGUUUGGGUGGGGGGUGUUGGCGGUGGAUGAAAAAAAUUGGGAUUUUCUCGGCAGCAAAAUGCGUAAAUCAACCUGCCGCACGGGGUGUUUGGACUCCGAGAAAAGUGGGACCACAUGGCUAAAACAUGCCAUCGCGUCCAAGAAGCACAGAGGUUUAACCGGAGACCCGUGUACUCGCACGUCUUUAGGCUGCGUUUAAUGCUACUCUCGCGUCCGCGCAUGUGUUCAGCGCUGUCCUCACGUCUUUAGUAUGCAUGUAGUGGUGUUCUCGCAUCCAGGCGUGUGUUCAGCAGUCCUGUCGCCGUUGUUAACACGCUUACUGUCGCAUCUGUAGCAUUCAUGAUACGUGUUUAGUGUUCUCAUGUCCUCCAUAUGAUUUUUGUUACAGAAGAUAAUUAACACAAUAAAUUGGGAUGUGAGCAAUAAAGCAUGUUUUUAAGUACUGUGGUUUAACAACAGUAAAUUGAAACCUUUUCAAAACCAAAAAAAGCACAACUCAGGAAUUGACACAUACAAGGCAAUACAACCUAUGGAUGAACACAGAAGUUACAUUGACAUUUGAGAUUUAACAAGGAAGUGGUCCUGUCAUGUGUAAACUAUGAUUUAUCGCGGACACUUUAUUGUCAUUUUACUAAGCCCUAGGUGAAGGGUGUUAAGUGACUAACAGAAGCACCGAUAAUGUGUGAAACGUCAGAGUGUGGCUUUUGUACAAAUGGAGAACAAUUAGGCUAUCCUUUUUAAAUCUAUUGAAAGGCCAGAAAGGAAAUAUGUCUUCUUUUAAAUGACCUUGUACGAAUUGUAUAUUUUACGUGUCAAAAAUCUAUUGACCCGAGAAGAACAAACGUUCAACACAGCAGUGUUAUGAUUUCAUAUAGCCUAAUUUAAACGCACCACGAACUGAAAUGACCCAGCCAGCACUAGGACCCCGGCGCUAUGCUUCUGGGUUGUUAACUCGCGGUAUUGUGCUGGCUGGCACGCCAAGCGGUUAUAUUCAUAAUAAAUUGCCAGUUGACCCAACUUGAAGGACUCUCGGCCACAGACCGAUGACCACAACGUUACUUUUUAGGGGGCAAAGCACGUGGUGAAGAAGUCCUUUAUAAACCUCUUUGGUGAUGCUAUCUCCUGGCCAGCGCUUGCUUAGAGGGACACAGGAUCUGAUAUUUGUUUUCAUCGGAAAGGGAUGGGGAAACGCUUAAACAGUCUGUUCGUGUAGACUGCGAAGAUAAACGAGAAUUUCUCUCAUACGUUUCGGUUUUUUAUUUCUUCAGGAUACACGGCAUUGUCGCUGUAUGGUGUGUUAAAUUUUCUCUUCAACACGUUAGUGUUCGACGUUAGUUUGACAGGCAGAGUGGUGUCUGUUGGGAUAGGGUUGGUGCGAUCGGAGUAUGCAAGUCUUAACUGCAGCGCGCAUCGCAACAGGGAGACUGGACGAAGUUAGAAAAGGCUUUCAUUUCGCCGUUGCGGUGAAGGUGAGCGCGAACCCACAGGCAACGCGUCUGAGCUGUUAAACUGCGGAUUGCCGAACAGAUUGCAUUUGUGAAGCUUUCAGGUUUAACGGAGUUUUGUUGGAAUUUGAAGGCAGUAUUUCAAGUGUCUGUCAUUACAACCAUAGCAACUCUGUACCUAUGCUGUUGGAUAUCCAUAUGAAGCGUGCUUAUUAGACUAUAAACCUAGCCUUGUGGGUGUCUGGAAUGUAGAUCAAAUCUGGUCUGUCUUCUGUUUGGAUAACGGAUUUCUCAGCUCGCGUAAAUUUAUUUCAGGUUGGCUAUGUGAACGGAUUUUCAACUCAGAAUUAAUGUUGUAAAACUGAGCAGACGAGUAGCUACUAUACUCGAAUAUACGAGCAUUGAAAUAUAAUUAUUUAACCUAUUCAGAAAUAAAUACAACUUAUCAAAAUAAUAUUUGUUGUAAGAAGACUGAUUUGCAGAAAUGCAUGUGGCCCUAAUUAAUAUCAUUUAAGAAUCCCACGGCGUAUGUUCAAACGAUUUGCUGCUUCUGCCGACUAAUUAAAACCCCAUAAGUUUCGGAAUUUAUUGUAAAGAUGAAUUUAUACAUUUUGAGCCUCUUCCUGACCUUGGACUUGGCGACAGUGGCCUCGGGUCUGUCUACAUGCAGCACAUUAAACAUGGACCAGUUUAUGAAGAAGCGCAUCGAGGCGAUCCGCGGGCAGAUCCUGAGCAAGCUUAAGCUCACGAGCCCCCCGGAGCACUUUACCGAGCGAGAGGACGUGUCGCGGGAGAUCAUCGCUAUCUACAACAGCACGCGCGACCUGCUGCAGGAGAAAGCAAACGAACGCGCGGCGACCUGCGAGCGACAGCGGAGCGAGGAGGAGUACUAUGCCAAGGAGGUGCACCGAAUCGACAUGCAGCCAUUUCACCCCUCCGAAAAUGUAAUCUCCCCGACGCACUACAACCCGUACUUCAGGCGGCUGACCUUCGACGUGUCGCCCAUGGAGAAGAACGCUUCCAACCUGGUGAAGGCCGAGCUGCGCGUCUUCCGCCUGCAGAACUCCCAGGCCCGCGUCUCUGAGCAGCGCAUCGAGCUGUACCAGAUUCUGAGUCACAAGGACCUGGCCUCCCCAACGCAACGCUACAUCGACAGCAAGGUGGUGCGCACUCAUACGGAGGGGGAGUGGCUGUCCUUUGACGUGACGGAGGCUGUCAGCGAAUGGCUGCUCCACAGAGACAGAAACAACGGAUUCAAGAUCAGCUUGCACUGCCCCUGCUGCACCUUUGUCCCAUCGAAUAAUUAUAUCAUACCCAACAAGAGUGAGGUGCUAGAGGCCAAGUUUGCAGGUAUAGAUGACAGCACCCUGAACGGUGGGGAAGUGAAGGCGGUUAAGAAGCGUCGGCCGAGUGGGCAGAACCCCCACCUGCUGCUGAUGCUGCUGCCCUCCUACCGACUGGAGUCGGAGCACAGGAGUCACCGUCAGAAACGCGCCGUGGACACCGCUUUCUGCUCCAGGAACAUGCAGGAGUCCUGCUGCUUGCGCUCCCUCUACAUCGACUUCAGGAAGGACCUGGGCUGGCGCUGGAUCCACGAGCCCAGAGGUUACCAAGCCAACUUCUGCGCGGGUGCCUGUCCCUACCUGUGGAGCGCAGACACGCAGCAUAGCAAGGUUCUGGGUCUGUAUAACACCAUUAACCCUGAGGCCUCAGCCUCCCCCUGCUGUGUGUCCCAGGACCUGGAGCCCCUCACCAUCCUUUAUUACAUCGGCAAGAGCCCCAAAAUCGAGCAGCUCUCCAACAUGAUCGUCAAGUCCUGCAAGUGCAGCUAAGACCAAACAUAACACAUACACACACAAACAUACACACACACACACACACAUACACACUCAUAAGUGUGACCUCUCUGUCCAAAAUGUACGCACACAUACAGUACUGUGCUGAAGUCAGAGACCGCCCUUUCGUUUAUUCAGUUUCCAGUCAAAUCAGCCAUUCCGUGCAAUUAAUUUUUUGUGUCAGGCAAUAAUGCAGGAAACAUCUAUUCAAGAGAAAAUGACAGAAAAGUCUCCACUGCUGCAUAUAAUACCUAAUCUGUCUGGUCCAUUCUUUCCUUUGUGCACUCUACUACCACUUUAAGUCUUUCAUCCUUCCAAUUAAUAAACAGGUUACAGCUGUGUCCUCCCAACAAAAGUUGUUACCAAGUGUCAAUGAUAUUACUUUAGAACGCUUUGCCUUCAAAAGUGAUUGUUGCAUGUCGGAUUCCUUUGUCAUGUGCUUCUAAUAUGGCUAAAGGUGAUAUUUCUGACAAGAUUUGAUAUAAGAUAAUUCAACUGAGAAAGGAAGGACAGACUCAUGGUACCAUGUCUGAAACCAUCGGUCAAGCGUGGAGGAGGAUCAUUGGAAGUUUGGGGUUGUAUAGCUACAUCUGGAGUUGGUGAUUUGGUGAUUUGGUUUUGAUUGAAGGCAUCAUUAAUGCUGAUAAAUACAAACAGAUCUCACCAUGUCAUGCAAUACCCUCUGGAGAAAAUUAAUUCUACUGCAAGAUAAUGACUCCAGAUCAGCCUAAGAAGAUCAAGCUGCUGGUGGUGAUCAAUGCAUUGGCCACCCAAGAGUACAGGCCUCAACAUCACUGAAUGUGUUUGGGAUUACUUGGAUUGAGAGAAGCAGAAAAUGCAACCAGCUGAACCAAGACUGAACUUUGGAGGUGUUCACAAGAAACGUGGAAAAAUAUCCCUGCAGAUUCCUUUGAAAAACUCAAAACAAGUUUGCCGAAAAGAAUGGAAGCUGUAAUAAUAGCAAAGGGAGGACACACUGAAUACUAAAAGAUUUGGUAUUGUACAUAGUUGUGGAGGUUUUUCUGUAAUUUUUCUGUAAAUAUGUUUAUUGCAUUAUUUUCUGACACUGAAAAUAAAUAACUUGCACUUCAUGGCUGUUUUCACUGGAAAGUAAAUAUAAGAAAGGGUGGUCUCUGACUUCUGCACAGGACUGUACAUAAGCACAAACUAUCUCAAACAUUACCAUCCCCCCACAGCCACACACAAGCUGCUUGAUCUCUUUCUUUGUCCCUCCCACACACACACACACACACACACACACACACACACAGACAAAACAUGAUCACUCUUGUUUUUUGUCACAUACACGCACACCCACGCACUCACUACAUACCAUAAGCAUCUCUUUCUGUCAGACACACGCAAGCAUGAUUUAUCUCUGUUCCAUACACACACUUCCACACGCACACACAAACACACACACACACUGUGGAGAUGGCUGUGAAAAGGCUUUGUUGGCACCCCUCACCUCACACACUCAUCGCGCCACAAGAGAAGUUUGGAAAACACUGGAAGAGUAUAAUAAUAUAAGAAUAAUAAAUAAGUAUGAAUAUGUGAAAUCAGGAGAAGGAGGAUGGUUCCCUGAUCUCAGUGUCCAAAUCAAGCCAGUUCUUCUGGUUCUGUUGUCUUACAUCUUUGAAACUAUUAUAAUUUUACAUGUUUUUUUUUUUGUUUUUUUUUUAAUACUUGUGAUAUUAUUUAAAACUUGUGGCUUGCACUGGCAGCAGAGGGUUGUGUUUACAGCCUGCUCCGUGAUAAACUCUUAUUAAAAAGUCACUGCAAAUUGAGGAACAGAGAGUCAAGAGACUGACCAACAGCCAAAAGCAGAGAGAUACACCAUGAGCUAAAAAGGCAAACACAGAUACACAGAUUGAAAGAGACAAACUGAGAUAUUCUCUUUAAGGCCAUGCUGUACGUCUGCUCUCUAACAGACUGGGUCUGUGACUGCUGAUCUGAUUUAAACAUGGCUCAGAAUCAGACUUUUAUCUUCAAAUGUGGCAGAAAAGAAUUAGUGAACUACUAAUUGUGCAGUUUUGUUCCAGACUCGUCCAGUACAAACAUCCAGAUUCAAGUCAGACAUGUCCAGUCACACCCAGCCUCAGUUAGCGUCUCCAGGUCCAACCCAGACUCAAGCUUGGUCUCAUCCAGACUCAGUUAGACACAUGUGGUCAGCAGCACCAGACCAUGUCAAGACUUAGUGAGACACUCCCAGUUUGGCCUAGACUCAAUCAGUCACACUCAGUCAGGCCUAGCCCCAGUGAGACACAUUCAGCUAGGCCCCGACUAAGUCAGAUGCACUCAGUCAGGCCCAGACUUUACCAGUCCUGUCCAAAGACAGGCUGUAGGCCCAAAACCUUAAAGUUCUGAGUUUUUUUGCAUGUUGGAUGAUUACAAACCGAAUGAUGAUUGAGCAGCCCAAUGAUGUGUUUGAGCUCUUGGUGAACUUGCAGGGAAUAAACAGAAAUGAUAAAUAUUAAUGUAAAUAUGAAAAAGAUUUCCUGGUUCAACUUGCAAGGUAUAUGCUACAGAAAAAAGUUGUUUUUUUAAAUUGUUUUUUUUUUAUUAUUAAAUAUACGCAGGUUCUAGAAACAUGGAUAAUGUGCUAUACCUGAAAGGGCCUGGGCCUUCUGAGAGUUCCAUUGCUCCACAAAGCUCAUUCUUUAGAGCACGUACAGGCUGCCAGUGUGCACAGUGUACACGGACUGGUAGCAAUUUAAUGCACUUUGUGCAAAACUGUGUGCUGUUCCAAUGCAUGUACCAGAAGUGAUGUCGUUGUGUGCAGGGACGGGAAGGGGCUUGGUUAUGCACGCAGGGCAGUGGAGUGAUUUGUAGCUGUCAAAAUCAGAUGGGUUUCCAGCAGGAAGUGGGGUUUCUUAUAGAUGGCCUGUCAUGCAGAGGAACCAAUGCCCAGUCAGAAUAACAGUGAAGACCACUGCAGCACUGCUCUUAAUGGACAACCCAGUGGAUACCCGCGUUAGGCCGCACACCUCCCCAGUGCUCAAAACUUUCAUUCAUUCAUGUUGUUAUUUUUUUUUCUGAUGAGGAAUAAAAUAUUUUAAUCCCAAGAAUUGCACUGAUAGUACUUCCCCAUUUUGUAUGUAGUUAUUGUCUCCCCCUCAUAGCUAUCAUUUUCCCUUAGUGCAGGAGGGGUGAUGGUUUGAAAGCAGAGGAGGCUAGCACCAGCGUGCUCACGUCAGCUGCUGCUGUUGUUGUUGUUGUCAUUGUCUUUGCCAUUGUCAUUGUCAUUGUCGCAGAUGUUGACCCGUCAUGAUGAAAUGUAACUUUUUUUUUCCUUUCUUUUUUGCGGUGCUCUAGUGAUAAAUAAAUUAUUGAACUUA